CAAACGUCCACUGGUCAGAAGAAACAUGAGUCAUUUCUCGCUUAAAUAAUCAUAGAAAUAAAAAGUAAAUUUUAGUUAGGAGAGUCGAGCUGCAACAGAUUUUAAGUCUGUUUCGUACAUCUUCUUAUUAUAAAUUCAUCGUGCAAAUAUUGUCGGAUUAUUGUCGCGGAUUAGAGUAGUCGGUUUGACGUGUUUACUUCCGUUUGAGGUUUUGCAAAAUCGUAGUGCUCUCCUGGUAUUCGCUUUCGGGUAGGCUCUAGGCAUCAAUUUCUGGCCAAUUAAAAGGGGAUAUCUGUGAUUCUGUAUUCUGUCAUUAGUGAGUGACGGGUAUUGUCGGAUCGUGGUUGUUGUUAUUCGUAGUGUGUCGUGUAAAUAGGAUAUUGUGUUUGUGAUAUUCGUUAGGCGGGUUUGUCUUGUGUGUUGUGUAAAGACCUGUCAUUCCUGUUGGAUUAUUAAUAAUUAAACGAGAGAUGGGGAAUGUUCACACUUGUGGCCCGAACGAGGCGCUCGUCGUAUCAGGAGGAUGUUGCGGUUCCAUGAGAAAGCGAACCAUCGUUGGUGGUUAUGCGUUCACCUGGUGGUUCGUGACGGAUGUUCAACGACUCUCUUUAGAAGUGAUGACCUUGAAUCCCGUCUGCGAGUACGUGGAGACUGCUCAAGGUGUUCCCCUGACCGUGACGGGGGUCGCUCAGUGCAAAAUUAUGAAAGCUGACGAACUGCUGCAUACAGCGAGCGAACAAUUUCUGGGAAAAAAUGUCAGCGAGAUAAAAUCUACCAUACUGUCAACCCUCGAGGGCCACUUGCGAGCUAUCCUUGGAACUCUUUCCGUAGAAGAAGUGUACAAGGACAGGGACCAGUUCGCAGCUUUGGUGCGCGAAGUAGCAGCACCUGAUGUGGGCCGAAUGGGCAUCGAAAUACUCUCUUUCACGAUCAAAGACGUUUACGAUGAUGUUCAGUAUCUUGCUUCCCUUGGAAAAGCACAAACUGCGGCUGUGAAACGAGAUGCCGACGUUGGUGUUGCCGAGGCUAAUCGAGAUGCUGGAAUACGAGAAGCGGAAUGCGAAAAAUCAGCUAUGGACAUUAAAUACAACACUGAUACGAAAAUCGAAGAUAACGCCCGACUCUUCCAGCUGCAGAAGGCUCUUUUCGAUCAAGAAAUCAACACAGCGAAAGCCGAAGCUCAGCUAGCCUACGAGCUGCAGGCUGCGAAAAUUAAGCAACGAAUACGAAACGAGGAGAUCCAAAUCGAAGUCGUCGAGAGGCGCAAGCAGAUCGAAGUCGAGGAACAGGAAGUUCGCCGUAAGGAACACGAACUCCGAAGCACUGUGCGACUUCCGGCUGAAGCAGAGAGUUACAAAAUCGGCAAAGUGGCCGAAGGAAAAAGGACACAAACUGUGGACGCUGCUAAAGCUGACGCCGAAAGGAUUCGAUUGAUCGGUCAAGCUGAAGCCGAGGCAUUGGAAGCAGUGGGUAAAUCGGAUGCCGAGAGAAUGCGAAUGAAGGCUGCGAUCUACAAGAAGUAUGGCGAUGCUGCUAUUCUUAAUAUUAUUUUGACCGCGAUGCCGAAGAUCGCCGCGGAGGUAGCAGCACCAUUGGCUAAAACGGAAGAGAUCGUCCUACUGGGAGGUAAUGAUGGAGCCAGUUCAGAACUAACUCGCCUCGUGGGUCAGGUUCCACCAGCAGUACAGGCUCUAACAGGUGUUGAUCUUUCCAAAGUACUCGGAAAAAUACCAGGGGCGAAGUAAUUAUAAGUAAUUACAAAUAGGAUCCGCAGAGAGAGUCUGUCUCCGUAUAUUAUGGUUAAAAAAAGGCAAACCAAAACGAUUCUUCACAUACUGCCAAUGGCUUCUGUCCGACUACCUGCUCCUAUCUUUUACCCUGACAAGUACCAUUACCUUCGCCAUGUUUACUGAUUUUUGCUAUAAAUGAAGAGGUUUUUCCAAACAGGUCAAAAACCUUUUUGUACAUAUAUUUUUAUUCAAAUUAGACAGCGCGGUAAUAAUAUCACGAUAACAAGACAUUACUUACAAUUAGUUGAAAUAGACAUCGUCAGCUCAAAUUUCGGUAGUAUCAAAUAAGUUUUUAUUCUAUGCGAGCAUCAGAUUAUCCAGCUUUAUGGAAAUUCAUAAUUGUCUGCACAUGAAUCCACGUCACAUAUAUUUCUGCAAAUAAUCUCGUUCAUUAAUUCACUCGCAAGAGUUGAGGUAGAGGAAAGGGCAGGCGGAUAUUAUUUUCUUUGGUUUUGUUCGUCUUACGUUUUGCAGAAAAAUUCUCAAUCAAAAUUUGUAAAUGAAACAAAAAGAUCACAGAAGCGGAACCAGUUACUGCCUUAUUACAAGGCAAUGGCACGCGGAAUCGAACGUUUCUUUUCUUCUCUGAAAACAAAGUUAUUCAAUGAUUUCAUUGGAAGAUGAAAAUUUCAAAAUUGAACAUUCAUGAACGUGGGAAAUGGUUCGACUGUUAAUACGUAUAGAUUACGAUUCACGUGACUUGCCUUAGCUGUUUCAUAUGAAUGUAUUAAAUGUAAUUCUAUCUAUUCGUCAAAAAUUAACAAAUACCACUAUUGUAGUUACAUCAAUGGGUAGACGAACAAUUAUGUUCUUCAAUCAGAUGGAUAGUAAGGUAAUGAAUUCAGGUGACUAGACACAGAUGUAAUAUGUACCUGUGCAUAGCAAAAGCAAAUCUGAAAUUCAAUGAGCUAUGUUAUAAAUAUAAGCUGCAGAAUAUAUACAAAAAAAAUUAGGUAAUUGGGAGUUUGAAUAUGUAUGUUUGUUUUUGAAGAACUAAAAGCUUAUUCCAGAAAUGCUUUUAUCGGAAAAAUCCUGUAGAACGUGUUUCACAAAAUUUUAUUUUAUUGGUGGUAGUAAGAUCCUUACAGUUUUCACCAGACCUCUUCAGCCCUACUUACUCGUUUCAACCCCUUUGCAUCAGCGUCUGUAUCUUAUAGCAACCCAUUCUUUUUUUUUUAAUUCAACUUACCAUCUAAACUCGAUUAUUUAUGCGUGGUGUUCACUAUUCAGCCUACAUUUGUGUUGAUCUUCGACAAUACUUAGUAGAGGUAAACGUUAUUUCGAUUUCCUUUGUGAAUUAGAAUUAUUAUGCUACCAAUAAUCGACAAAUUUGACAGUUCCAUAGGUACGAGGACCAAUAUUUGUCAGCCCAGAAAAAUAUAUCUAGCAAAUAGUGGCUGGUCUUCUGUUGAUUAUUGGACGUAUUAUAAUCUUGAUAUACAUAAAUAUAGAAACCUGUUAAUGUUUAUAAUUAUGAGAGAUCACAACUACCUACCAAACAUGAUAUUAUGUGAAUAUAUAAAUGAACUAUAAGCUUCAUUCGUGAGUAUUUACAACACUAAUAAUUAUGAAAAAUGAAUAAGUGUUCAUCACACUUGUGUACCUUCAGGUACCAAUUUUCAUCCAUAAAACAAGACCUCCCACCAUAUGAUAGUCAGUAAUAUCAUUCACAUAGUCAUACCUAUACCUCAUGCAAUAUGUAAGAUUAUGAGCUGGAAUGUUGAUGUCUACCAAAUCGAAAUUCAAAUGAUACCAUCUAUACAAAGAACUAAUGAACGAUACCUCCUAUCUUUUGAACCUUUCUUGGCAUCGUUUGUCCCAAAUAUCCACCCUAAAAUAACUUUAAAAUUAGUAAUUUGUUGGAUGGUAGGUAUAAUUGGGUCCUUGGAUUUUGGAAGUUUCUGAACGAAUUCAUUAUGAUUUACAACUUUGAGAAUUCAGGGAGCCACGUGCAAUAAUAAACUUAUGGGAAAAUCAGAGCACAAAUUCCUCUACUUAUUAUAUUUGGUAGUCUCUACCGACAACAAUAUAAUAAGGCAAAUUCUGCAAAUUGAAUGUUAUUAUGAUGUUGAUGAAUAUGAUAAAACAUGUUUGCAAAUUGGUUUUGUCACGCAAUUAUAUACAAUCCUUAAUCGCAAGUAUAAUAUUGGCUUGUUCAGAAACAUUACUUGCAGUAUCUCUACACAUAAUUAUUAAUAUAUACAUACAUAUAUAUACCUGCACAGCAAUUAAUAAGUUGAAAACCUAUUGUGAUUGGAAAUUUUGAUCAUUGUGUUCAUCAUAAAUAGAUAACUAUACCAAGUUUAUAUAGAACGGAGAUCAGAAAAAAUCCUCCAUAAUUCUAUGUACAUAAUAUACGUAGAGGUUUGAAUGUUAAAUAUGUUAUGAAGGAUUUCGCACACGAAGCGUUGGUUCGAAAAUCAGGAGAAAGACCAACCCAGAUUUAUCUUCGGAAUGCGCGGCCGAAUGGCAGAUUUAAUAUAUAUUAUUUUAUCUUUUCCGAUACAUUUACAGUUAAGUUAGAUAUACCUGUAUCUUAUUUUUUGUAACAUGAUCCUCAAUCCCUAUGAUGAUAAUCUAUAUGUCUGUCAUGAACGUGAAAAAUAGUUUCCAAUAUUUUGAUAAAACAAAAAGUGCCGUGUUGUAUAUAAUACAGAAUUCACAUGGAAAUUUGUGUUAUCACGUGAAUAAAUAUUCUGCCAUCUAAUAAUAAUACUAAUAAUAAUAAUAUUAUAUGAAUAAUAAUAAUAAGUAUAAAUAUAAUAAUAAUAAUAACAAUAACAAUAAUAACAAUAACAAUUAACGAAAAUGAUACUUGGCAUAGAGAAAUGUUCGUACUGUGGUAUACAUAUACAUUUAGAAUCGGAGUUGUAUGGUCCCUGCAUACUUAAUUAUUUCUUAUUGUCAGAAGGUAUAAAGAUCAUUAUCCGACAUUAGUAAUGGAAUAAUUGUAAUCAUCAAUAAAUUAUUUGCCCAUAAAAUUCCUGACAAUCUGCAGGUCAAAUUACCAGAGCUUAAAGAAAAAUCAAUGAAGCCAAAAACUGCAAUACUGAUAGUUCUUUAUGCGGGAUAACAUUUGCGAUAAACAUUAAAACAGUAUGACAUUUCCUUGCCAAUUACCUUUAUCUCGCUGAAAAGCAUUGUUCUAAGCAUUGUUUUUCUUGUUGUUUAAUCAAUCAAUUAUAAAAUUGAACCUUUCGACUAAACUUUUAUUUAGCAUUUAUGCAAUAUAUUUUCCAUACACUUAUAAUUAUACUAAAAUAAACACCUUAUAAAUACACCGACCCACUCAAAACUUUUUAGAAUAUUUCCAUACACCCAAAUUUGUUGUAAAUUAUAUUUUUAUUAUUUGUUUCAAUGAACAUGUUUCAUUUUCACAUGACAACGUCGUAUUAAUUAUCAUUUGAUCUUUGUUCCAUGUUUCAUCUCGAUUUUGCACGAUGCCUCAAGUUACAAACACUUUUUAAACUUCUAUAGCUCAAUAUUAUUUUACAAUACCUGAUGGGACAAAAAAGACAACACCAUAACAAUACCUUUAGCCUUCAGGGCAAUGAAAUAAACCAGACAUUCCUUUUCUUGGCAUGGAUUAAACGCAGAAACUAUAAAAGCUGAGUACAAAUACAUGAUCUUGUUAUGGAACAACUCGCAUUGACAAUUCGAAAACGAGAUAUUCAGGUAAGCCUCUGACAAUGAGCAACUAAUUGAAAUUAUCAAUUUGCGGCUACAACUUGGUACAAUUGUCAAAUAUUGCGGAUAUUUACAAAUAGAAUAUGAUUUGAAAAUUCCCAUUUUAUUGGUAUGUAAAAGUCGAAAUCAAUACGAUUAUUUUUAUAUUUCAUAGAACUUUAUAAUCCAUACUCCAAUUAAGACUGUAUCCCUAUAGGAAGAUACGAUUAUUAUUCCGUUACGAUUUAAAGUAAACGAUUGUGUGUAUUAAGAAUGACAUAGUAUCUGAGGAUUCGUUCAUAGGAACUCCAAAAUUCACUAUUCGAAUGUUCAUGCAAAACUAAAAAUGUUCUCCUCGCGAAAUCAUUUUAUCUGCUAAUGCUUAGCUCGUCAGUAAAUUACCAGAAUUUUAUUAUGUACGACAUUGACUUAUGAACAAUUUUUUAUCAGCAAUGAGUAUCAAUCUUCCUACAAAUAACGGUAUAAUCUGUGAGGUCUAUAGUUUGGUCAAACAAAAUCUGGUUACACAUAUCAUCUCCUAUGUCAUAUUUCGAGCCGAGUCAUUAUAAAAUAAUGCAUAUUCCACUCUCGCGUUACAUACGAUUGAAUCAAUUCGCUGACUGGUAUUUCUUACUCAUAACAUGCGUUUGGGCCACUUAGAGUGUGUCAUAUUUGAAAUAUGAACUAUAAAUUAAAAAAGCAUAUUAUUUGAAAAGUUGAAUUAAUAUUACACUAAUCUUGUGGAGUAUGAGACAAGUUCUUGUAUAAGUACAACCAAUUGUAAGUACACAUGUACAAGUCUGUUGAUAAAAAAUUCCAAACAUGACCAACUGCAGUUGAGAAACAAUUUAAAAAAAAAAAAAAUUAAGUAUAUACCA